GGCCGGCUCGCGCCCUCUCGCUAUCCACCGGCCCGCGAGAUUCCCCCCUCCCCUUCCGCCUCGCGGCGCUUCCUCGCGCCGCCGUCUUCUCGAUCCACCCCUGACACCGCGGGGCUCCCCCCGCCCGCCAACGGCGGGUCCCCUGCUUGACGAUCUCUCUCGCUUCCCGCGCUCUCCAGCAGGGGCCCAGCCCCAGGCCCUCUUUCCCUCCCCUCUUAUUUCUCUUCCGGACGCUGCCAUCAUGUUGAAGCCUCAGCCGCCACAACAGACCUCCCAGCCACAGCAGCCGCCCCCCACGCAACAGGCCGUGGCUCGCCGGCCUCCCGGCGGGACCAGCCCUCCCAACGGCGGCCUCCCGGGACCGCUGCCCGCCACCGCGGCUCCCCCGGGGCCUCCCGCAGCGGUCUCUCCGUGCCUGGGGCCUGCAGCCGCUGCCGGCAGCGGGCUCCGUCGCGGAGCCGAAAGCAUCUUGGCGGCGCCAGCGCCGCCGCAGCAUCAAGAACGGCCAGGGGCAGUGGCUAUCGGCAGCGUCAGAGGACAGACCACCGGAAAGGGACCCCCACAGUCACCCGUGUUUGAAGGUGUCUAUAACAAUUCCAGGAUGCUGCAUUUCCUGACAGCUGUAGUGGGUUCUACUUGUGAUGUAAAGGUGAAAAAUGGCACCACUUACGAGGGCAUUUUCAAGACUCUGAGCUCAAAGUUUGAACUGGCAGUAGACGCAGUACAUCGAAAAGCAUCUGAGCCAGCAGGUGGGCCUCGGCGAGAAGACAUUGUGGACACUAUGGUGUUUAAACCAAGUGAUGUUCUGCUUGUUCACUUCCGAAAUGUUGACUUCAAUUAUGCUACGAAAGACAAGUUCACUGACUCAGCCAUUGCCAUGAACUCUAAGGUGAAUGGAGAGCACAAAGAGAAGGUGCUUCAACGUUGGGAGGGUGGUGACAGCAACAGUGACGACUAUGAUCUGGAAUCCGAUAUGUCCAAUGGAUGGGAUCCCAAUGAGAUGUUCAAAUUUAAUGAGGAGAACUAUGGCGUGAAGACCACCUAUGACAGCAGUCUAUCCUCUUACACGGUUCCCUUAGAAAAGGACAACUCUGAAGAGUUUCGGCAGCGGGAACUUCGAGCGGCUCAGUUGGCUCGAGAGAUUGAGUCUAGUCCCCAAUACCGUCUACGGAUUGCCAUGGAAAAUGACGAUGGGCGAACAGAGGAGGAGAAGCACAGUGCAGUUCAGCGGCAGGGGUCUGGGCGGGAGAGCCCCAGCUUGGUAUCCAGGGAGGGGAAGUAUAUCCCUCUGCCUCAACGAGUUCGGGAAGGUCCCCGGGGAGGAGUUCGAUGUAGCAGUUCUCGAGGAGGACGGCCUGGCCUUAGCUCUUUGCCACCUCGUGGCCCUCACCAUCUUGACAAUAGCAGUCCUGGCCCUGGGUCUGAGGCACGCGGUAUCAAUGGAGGUCCUUCCCGAAUGUCCCCCAAGGCACAGCGGCCCCUGAGAGGUGCCAAGACUUUAUCUUCACCCAACAGUAGGCCUUCUGGAGAAGCUUCUGUUCCACCAACAUCUGCAGUGGGCCGAAUGUACCCUCCACGGUCUCCCAAGUCUGCUGCCCCCGCCCCAGUCUCAGCUUCCUGUCCUGAGCCCCCCAUUGGUUCAGCAGUGGUGUCCUCUGCCUCUAUCCCUGUGACAUCAUCAGUUGUGGAUCCUGGAGCCGGCUCUAUUUCCCCCGCAUCUCCGAAACUCUCCCUGGCUCCUACAGAUGUAAAAGAACUCCCAACCAAGGAGCCCAGUAGGAGUUUGGAAGCCCAAGAGCUGGCCCGCAUAGCUGGGAAAGUCCCUGGCCUUCAGAAUGAACAAAAACGAUUUCAGUUGGAAGAACUGAGGAAAUUUGGAGCCCAAUUUAAGCUUCAACCUCCUAGUAGCUCCCCUGAGACGGGCCUGGAUCCAUUUCCUUCCCGGAUCUUAAAAGAAGAGGCCAAAGGAAAGGAGAAAGAGGUGGAUGGUCUAUUGACUUCAGAUCCCAUGGGAUCCCCAGUCUCCUCCAAGACAGAAUCCAUAUUGGAUAAGGAAGACAAAGUGCCCUUGGCAGCAGUAGGGGGUACUGAGGGGCCAGAGCAGCUCCCACCACCUUGCCCCAGCCAAACUGGCAGUCCUCCAGUGGGCCUCAUCAAGGGAGAUGACAAAGAGGAGGGCCCUGUUACUGAACAAGUAAAGAAGUCUACAUUGAACCCCAAUGCCAAGGAGUUCAAUCCAACAAAGCCUCUGCUGUCUGUGAACAAAUCUACCAGUACUCCAACUUCACCAGGGCCCCGUACUCAUUCAACACCUUCUAUCCCGGUGCUGACAGCAGGCCAAAGUGGGCUCUACAGUCCCCAGUACAUCUCAUAUAUACCUCAGAUCCACAUGGGACCAGCUGUACAGGCACCUCAGAUGUAUCCAUAUCCUGUAUCCAAUUCGGUGCCUGGGCAGCAGGGCAAGUACCGGGGUGCAAAAGGCUCACUUCCCCCCCAGCGCUCUGACCAACAUCAACCAGCCUCAGCCCCUCCGAUGAUGCAGGCUGCUGCUGCUGCUGCUGGCCCACCUCUGGUGGCUGCCACACCUUACUCCUCCUACAUCCCCUACAAUCCACAGCAGUUCCCAGGCCAGCCUGCAAUGAUGCAACCCAUGGCACACUACCCUUCACAGCCGGUGUUCGCCCCUAUGCUUCAAAGUAAUCCGAGAAUGUUGACAUCGGGAAGCCAUCCCCAGGCUAUCGUGUCAUCCUCCACUCCUCAGUACCCUUCUGCAGAGCAGCCUACCCCCCAAGCCCUCUAUGCCACUGUUCACCAGUCCUAUCCACACCAUGCCACGCAGCUCCAUGGCCACCAGCCGCAGCCAGCCACCACACCUACUGGGAGCCAGCCACAAUCCCAGCAUGCGGCCCCCAGUCCCGUUCAGCACCAGGCGGGGCAGGCCCCACACCUGGGCAGUGGACAGCCACAGCAGAAUCUGUACCAUCCAGGGGCCCUAACAGGCACGCCACCUUCUCUACCACCGGGACCUUCUGCCCAGUCUCCUCAAAGCAGCUUCCCCCAGCCAGCUGCUGUGUAUGCCAUCCAUCCCCACCAGCAGCUGCCACACGGCUUCACCAACAUGGCCCAUGUUACCCAGGCCCAUGUCCAAACUGGAGUCACAGCAGCCCCGCCCCCACACCCUGGGGCUCCCCACCCGCCCCAGGUGAUGCUGCUGCACCCCCCCCAGGGCCAUGGGGGCCCCCCCCAAGGCGCGGUGCCCCCGAGUGGGGUGCCUGCACUCUCAGCUUCCACACCCUCACCCUACCCCUACAUCGGACACCCCCAAGGUGAGCAGCCUGGCCAGGCGCCUGGAUUUCCAGGAGGAGCCGAUGACAGGAUUCGUGAGUUCUCGUUAGCUGGGGGAAUUUGGCAUGGAAGAGCUGAGGGGCUGCAGGUGGGGCAGGAUGCACGGGUUCUGGGUGGGGAUUGAGGGGUCUUGGAGGCAGGGCUGUCCCAGAGGGCGCCCGCCGACCCACACCUGUCUGUGAAGUAUGUAGGGUGGGCAGAAGCCACAGUCGCCGCCGCCAGGGGCUUGCUCCUGGCUCUGUCCUUUGCUUCCCUCCGUCCUCGCUCAGUUGUGAUCCAGCAGCCCCCCUCCCCACUGCCUCCCCAGCUCUCAGUGACCCCGACUGUCUCCUGACUUAGCCGAGGUAAGGUCAGCGCAGCAGACAGGGCCAGACUGGGGUGUGGGGGGCUGAGCUGGGCAACUUGAGUAAGGGCUCUGGCCUACUGGGAAACAGCGAUUGACCUGUGCUUCUGACAGCCCCCUGAGACUCCUCGAGGAGGCCGCUCCUCCCCACACCCCUCACCCCCUGGACGCAUUGACAGAGGGACAGCUUGCUCGGGUUCUAAUGCUCCUGCUCUCUCUCUUUCCCCUCCAACCAGUUCAAUCUCAUCCCUCCCAGCAGCUCCCCUUCCACCCCCCGGGGAACUGAAGAUUGUCCUGGCCGCGACCUGAGACCUCCAUGAGUGGAGGGAAGAGUGAUCUAUGUCUCUUCCCCCAGCAGCUGGGACCAGUCCUAGCCCCGCCCCCAACCCCUUUCCCUUGGGGAGUUGGGGAAUUCCUGCCAAGCACCUUCAAUGGGAGGGGUCCUUCAAGUGGGCCGGGCUGGAGUCCAGCUGGGGGUGGGGGAGGUUCUUGCUCUGCCCUGCUGGGUCCCACCCAGUCUCAUCCUCCCAUCCUCUCAUCUAUUCCCCCCUCACCCCCGCUGGAGACUGAAGAUCUUUUAUUUUCUAUUAUUUAUAACCUCAGACUUGGGCCCCCUGUUCUUCUCCAUUAACUUGAGUGUCCUGUGUGAGAGACCGAAAGACAGAUGCCUCAAGGACUUUUACUUUUUAUUACAUAAAAAAAUAAAAAAAAUAAAUAAAAAAAAUAAAAUUUUAAACUAACUUAA